AUGCUUAAUCUCUUCUUGUUGACCGUGGCCGGGCUCGUUGCCCAGGUCCUCGCUGCGCCGAACGAGCGGAGGCAAAUUGUGAACAACACGAUCAUCACUGACAUCAAUACCAUCUCGCAAUACUGGGGUCAGAUCAGUCCAUACACCGAUAACGCAGACAGCUACUUCGGUGUCCAAGACGUCGGCCUUCCCAAUGGCUGCCAAAUCGAACAGGUGCACUCUCUGCAGCGUCACGCCCAACGCUUCCCGACCAGCGAAUAUGACGACGGUGUCAAUGACGAGAACUUCGCCGCUAAGGUCUUCAACUUCACCUCGACCCAUUCUACCUCCUUGUUCACCGGCCCGUUGACUUUCUUGAACACCUACCGCUACCAGAUGGGCGAAAGCCUGUUGACCAACAUUGGUGCGGCGACCGAGUUCCAGGCGGGUACGACCUUCUGGAAUCGCUACGGUCGGACACUGUACAAUGCUUCUGCUGGCCAAGUUGUCUACAAUGGAAGCUAUGCGAAUGGCACAGCCAGGCCUAAGCCCGUUCUCCGAACUACCAGCCAAUCCCGCAUUGAAAACUCUGAGAUCAGCUGGGCUCUGGGCUUCUUCGGACCGUCGUUCUAUCCUACGCCAAUGCCGAACUUGACAAACUUCGCCAACGGCUCGCUAUUCGAUGUGGUCAUCAUUCCCGAGGGUGGUACCGAGAACAACACCUUGGCCUCCUACGACAGCUGCUUCGAAGACGAUCUUCAAAGCGCGGAUCUCGGCGAUCAGGACCUGAUCCAUCAAUAUGUCCCGUUGUAUAUUGGUGCUGCUACCCAGCGUAUGCAGCAGUAUGCUCCAGCAGGCUUCACCUUCACCGUCAAUGACACCUACGCCAUGCAGUCCAUCUGCGCGUAUGAGACUGCUUACAUCGGCAUGUCCGACUUCUGCGGUCUCUUUACAGAGGCUGAAUGGCAAGGUUUCGAGCAGACGCUGGACAUUGAGUACUACUACGAUUACAGCUUCGGCUCGCCAACGGGCCGUGCACAGGGUUUAGGCUACCAGCAGGAGCUUCUUGCACGAUUGACCAACCAAUACAUCACGUCCAGCAACAGCUCGGUCAACAGCAGCAUUACCAAUAACGCUGCUCAAUUCCCGCUUGGCCGACCGUUCUACGCCGACUUCACCCACGACGACAUCAUCGUCAGCACCCUAACCUCCAUGUCCGUCGACUACUUCCGCGAACACCCAAGCCUGACCCAAUACCCACCCGACCCGAACCGCCACUUCAUCCUAUCCCACCUAACACCAUUCGGCAGCCGUCUCAUCACCGAAGUCAUCGGCUGCAACUCCGCAAACCCUGCCGCCAUCCACAACAAGCGCACCGAGUACUACCCAACUCAAUACGGCUACAACCCAGCUAACGCCACCAACAAAUUCAUCCGCAUGCGUCUAAACAACGGCAUCGUCCCGCUCAACACUAUUCGUACGGGUGAGUGCUUGGGUCGAACGGACGGCUUGUGCAGCUUGCCGAAUUUCUUGAAGAGUCAGUACGAGGCGGAGCAAUUGGCGAACUACCAGUUUGCUUGCUUUGCUAACUACACGAUUGUCAACCCGUAUAAUGGGAACGAUUAUGAUGGUACGAUCAGCAAUACCACUGGUGGUAUUACCGUUCAUCCUGGUCAGAUUACGGCACAGUACCUCGAAAGCUUGUGA